AUGCCGCCUCUCGUUGUGAUCCGCAGCGGCUGCAAGCAUGUCGAAUACCUGGAAAAUCGAAGUGUCUGGCGGUAUGCUCCUCAAUUCGAGUUGUUUAGUGAUAAUGAAUUUGCAGAUGAUGAGGGUGAUGAGGAAGUGCUGCGCCAGGCUGAAGAAACGUGGGGUCGCGUCAGCAGCUGCGGCAAAACCUUUGGUUUCUCACGCGAACGAUGCGAUGUACAAGGUAUGCAUGCUUUUAGCUGUGCUGAAUGUGGCAACGUGGUGGCCGAUUAUGAUGAUGUUGUCUCCAAGACGUUUUUUGGUCGCGCUGGCAAGGCCUUCCUCAUGAAUAACAUGUACAAUAUAUAUGUCGGCUCUGCUCGAAACCGAUACCUGAUGACUGGGAUCCAUGCUGUUGCUGAUGUAUUGUGCAGUCAAUGUGACUUCGUGUUAGGUUGGAAAUACCUUAAAGCCAUGGAGCACUCCCAGAAAUACAAAGAAGGCAAGUUUAUUCUGGAGCACGCAGUUGUUCAGGAUGACUCAGUAGAGCAGGCCUGGAAUCGGUUGUAA